AUGGCGGCCGCGACGCAGCAGACGGAGGCUGCUGAAACUGCUGCAGAGCUGCAGACCCAGGAGCCUGCAGAGGCUGCAGCUGUUCAAGAGCUGGUGACCAAACCAGAGCCGGAAAGCCCGCCCUCUCAGGCAGCCCCUGCGACGCAGCUGCAGGCCGCACCCUCGGGCUACGAGCUGGGUUCCCUGGUUGUGCCGGCCGUGGAUCCGAACGUGCCGACCGUGCACCACGCAGCGGCCUUUAUCUGCUGCACCUGCGGCCAGGAGUGCACGGAGUCCGUGACGUGUGCUCGUCACAGCAAGGGCUCGGAGGUCCGCCGCUGCAGACGCUGCCAUGCUUCCAAGUCGGCGAUCCAGCGCCUGGCGAGGGCCCACGACGGGCUGGUGCAGGACUUCGCCCGCAUCUCGGACAGAGACCUGGUGGCACGGAUCGAGGAAACGGUGCAGUGUUGGCAGACCGAGAGCACCAAGAACUCGUUCAGAGGAACGGGGGAAUUCCUCGACGAGCACGAAUUGUGGACUCGCUACAAGGACAAGCCGGAUGGAGCGCAGCAGUACGAGAGCGUGAAGCGGAACAGCAAACAGCUGUACGAUCGUGUCCGGGAGGUGACUCUCUACGAGGACAUGAAGUAUACAACGGCUCACGAGGACACUGUCGAGAGAGGCAGAAAACGCCAGCGGAACCUCUCGGCUCAGCAGGACAUGGCAGAGGAGGCGGAGGACGAGGAAGGCCAGGGCCACGCCGAGAAGAAGAAGCCGCUCUUCCGCAAGAAAGGCAAGGGUGGCGAGGGCCAGCUGCCGAAGCUGAAGAAGGGUGAUCGGUCGAAGAUCACCAAGAGAAUGGAGGCGGUAGCCUCCCAGCGGAUGCAGUGCUUGGACUUGUUGUCCAGGGCGGACAAGUUUGACGGCAUGGUGCCGGCCUAUGUCUGCGACUGUGCCAAGGACUGCAUCACUGAGGCUUUGGCGGCCCAAGAGGAGGUGGACCAGAUUUUGCUGGAUGGCCACGGCUCCGCCAACGACGUCCUGGAGCAGGCGGACAAGAUCUUCAACAACAUCAGCUCGGCCACCAGCCGGCUGAAACUGCAGGUGGAGCAAGCGGCGAGCUUCAAAACCCUGUAG